GUUGCCCUUAAAGUUACAGGUGUGAUUAUGUAUGGAGCUCCAGUGGAUUUAUCUUUCAAAAACAUCUGCAGUUUGGAAGACGCAUGGACUGAAGAACCCAGCAGGGGUCUGCGGCCUUUAAAGAGAAAUUCAGAGAUGAAGUACCCAAGCUGCUCUCUACGUCUCAAUAAUAACAACAUCCUCGACCUCCAUGACCUCCAGAAGACGGUUAGCUACUUCCUGGCCGAGCCUUCACAGCUCGCCUGGCUGGACCUCUCCUUCAACAGCAUCUCACACAUAGAUAAAGUUUUGUGCGAGCUGCGUGAGCUGCGUGUGUUGUAUCUUCACGGCAACAGCAUUUUCAUUCUCUCAGAGGUGGACCGGCUGGGAGCACUACCACAUCUACACAGCAUCACUCUGCAUGGAAAUCUCAUAGAAACCAACAAGGCUUACAGGAAUCAUGGGAUUUCUGCUCUGCCUCAGUUGAAGACGAUGGACUUCAGUGCUGUGACCCGACAGGAGCGAGUCAUGGCAGAGAUUUGGCAUCAGAGCAACAGCCGCAUCAGAAGCAACAAGUUGUUAAAAUCAUAGUUUCACCCAAAUGUCCUGUGCCCCAAAUCCAUUGCUAUA